AUGGAAUUUGCUACUGCUCAAAGCGCCUUUUUCCUUACUGUCGGGGCUUGCUGCAUACGACGUCUUAAAAGUGUGGCUGUCAAGCUUCGGGUGAAUGAGAGGGGUCUUCAACAACAUGUUGUUUCUCUAGAAUCUUCGAUGGAGUCUUCUCGCCAACAAUUGGAGUUGUUGACCGACAAGAAAAUGACCCUUGAGGAGUGUUGUGCUCAUGUGGACGCGAAGCUUGAUGACACCUUCCAGCAAAAUGAGGCCUUGAGCAUCCAGGUGGAGAGUUUGGAGAAAGAGUUGUUGGAUAAAGAAAAAUUGCGGCUUGAUCGUGAGGCGGAGUUGUCUCGCCUUAGGAAUGACCUGGGUUGGCUUGUCAGGGAUGGAAUUGUUAGAAUUGUUGACAAAGUUAUCGAACUUCCAUAUUUUUUGCAGGGUGUGGGUCGUAUCAAGAAUAUAUGCUUUGCUAUCGGUGAUGAGUAUGGUAAAGAGAUGUUGCGUAAGGCAGUGUUCGUUGGAGCGUUUGAUCCCAAUGUGGUUCCACCUCGAGCCAUUUGGAGGAGAUGGUUGAUGCGAUUGAUUCGUUCCUCUCUUGUGAUUAUAUAUGCUUCCAUGAUGAAGUUGGACUCCCAAGAUAUUGGCGGCCUUCGCCAACUGUGA